AUGGAGGGUGCCGACUUUGCCCUUGCCAAGGUUCCUUUUUCUCUCCUGCCUUUGCUCCAAUCCCUGCCUUGCUUUGCUGGGCCUGCCCUUACCUGCUCAGGGAUUAAAUGCGAGGGCGAGGUGUUUCCUCUUCGUGGGUGGACGCCUUCUCAGCCUCGCAUUCACACCCCGAAGGAGCCAAAAGCCCUCACUCUCCUCUGUCUGCCCUUCGGCUACGCUGCCACUUUCCUUCCUCGCCAGACUGGCUCUUCCAGUUUGUACCAAGAAGAGUGUGUCAUCCUGUGUUGUUCAUCCGCUCGCAUCUCUCUUUCUCUUUCAGGGGGAAGAAUGGUCCGUGGCUGGAUCUACAAAGUGGAAGCCAUUAUCCUGAGCCUGGUUGGGUUCACUGGCUUCCUCUUUCUUCUCCAAACCAAUGAUUCCCAGGAUAUCCGCAUCCCAAAGGAAGCCAGAGAAAACCUGGCUCUGAUCCCAGCCACCCCAAAGGGAACCCCCAGACCCAUUGCCGAGUGUCGGGCAAACGCAUCGGUGGCCAAUGUCUCUGGCUUUGCCGAACUCCCGGAUCACAUCAAGGACUUCUUGAGGUACAAACACUGUCGGACAUUUCCGCUCCUCCUGGACGUCCCAGAGAAAUGCGGCCCUCACGACUCUUCUCACCUUGUCUUCUUGCUCCUGGCCAUCAAAUCCUCACCGGGGAACUAUGAGCGCCGCGAAAUCAUCCGCAAGACAUGGGGAGAAGAGCGGACCUUCGAGGGGGUCCGCAUCCGGAGGGUCUUCCUCUCUGGCGUCGCCUCCAGCCCCCGGGAGACCCGCAAGCUGAACCGCCUCCUACGGCUGGAGACGGAGGAGCACCGCGACAUCCUGCAGUGGGACUUCCAGGACAGCUUCUUCAACCUGACCCUCAAGCAGGCCCUCUUCCACGCCUGGAUGGAGGCCCGAUGCCCAGGGGUGCGCUUCAUCUUCAACGGCGACGAUGACGUCUUCGCCAACACUGACAACAUCGUCCGCUACCUGCUGAGUGUCCCGGGGGCCGGCGACCAGCACCUUUUCGUGGGCCAGCUCAUCACCAAUGUGGGCCCCAUCCGUGAGAAGUGGAGCAAGUAUUAUGUGCCGGAGCAGGUCACCGCAUCCAAGUCCUACCCACCGUACUGCGGCGGAGGGGGCCUCCUCAUGUCCGGCUACACCUCCCGCGCCAUCUACAAGGAGUCCCUGGCCCUGGAGCUCUUCCCCAUUGACGACGUCUACCUGGGCAUGUGCCUCCAGAAGGCAGGUCUGGUCCCUGCGUCACACAUGGGCAUCCGGACGGUGGGCGUGAGGGUGCCCUCCUCCAAACUGGAGCCCUUUGACCCCUGCUACUACAAGGAGCUGCUCCUGGUGCACCGCUUCGUUCCCUACGAAAUGCUGGUGAUGUGGAGGGACAUCCACCGGCCGGACUUGGUCUGUGGGAAGAAGGUGGCUGUCUAUGGCAGCCUCUGAGCCUCAGGAGGAACUUUAUAGGCAGCGGACUCUACUUUGUCCCUUCCUCCUCCGUGGUUCUGCAAAGAAGGAAAGGAGAAAGCCGAUCAAAGGAAAGAUAGGUGCCAAAGAUGCCAGGAAGGGGUCCUCCAGGGCUGGGCAGUGGCAGCCAGGAGGAUGCUGUUAAGGGCUCCUGUUUCUCUUUUUGUCUCAGUGAAUCCUCACUGGCUUGGCUUGGCUUCAGAUGCCUUCUCUCCAACUCAUUUCUCCUCCUUCCUCUUCACCUCUUACAACACCAGCAGAAGCAGCCCAAAGUUUCUCCUAGUCCUUUGAUAAAUAUUCUAGCGUUGU